AUGGAUAUCGGCGUGGAGAACUCACGGGAAACCUCUGAUAGCAGGGAAUCAGGUACUGCAGAUCUCAAAGGCAUCACCGAGAUGACCGCAGACGCAGAGGCUCAGAGACCCACAUGGAGCGGCCGGCUGGAGUUCAUCCUGGCCACGGUGGGUUACGCCGUGGGACUCGGUAAUGUCUGGAGAUUCCCGUACCUGUGCUACAACAGCGGUGGAGGUGCCUUCCUGAUUCCUUAUCUUACCAUGGUGCUCGUGUGUGGCAUUCCUCUGCUCUUCAUGGAGUUUGCUGUCGGGCAGUAUACUCGUUUAGGGCCGGUGCAUGCUUUCGCCAAAAUCUGUCCCUUGUUGAAAGGUGUUGGUCUGGCCACAGUUGUUAUCUCCUUCGUUUUCUCCACGUAUCAUAAUGUGCUCAUGAGCUGGGCACUUUACUAUUUAUUCAACUCCUUCGGAAUGGAGACUCUGCCUUGGAAGUCCUGCAACAACACCUGGAAUGCUGUUGGAAACUGUUCGAGUGGCUUUCCUGGCAAUGAUACCCACCUGCAGUCUGCUAGCCAACAGUUCUUUGAUAACAGACUUCUGGAAAAGACUCGCGGUAUUGAAGAAUUAGGUGGUCUUCGCUGGGAACUCUUUGGGUGUCUUGUCUCUGCUUGGGUUAUUGUGUACUUAUGUAUAUUUAAAGGAGUCAAAUCCACAGGAAAGGUAGUAUAUUUCACUGCCGUGUUUCCAUACUUCAUCCUGUUUUCCCUGCUCAUCAACAAUGUGCAGCUUCCUGGAGCCAAGAAUGGUAUCCUCUAUUUUGUGACACCGGUGUGGAGCAAACUGUUUGAAGUGAAGGUUUGGCUUAAUGCAGCUGCCCAGGUGUUUUACUCACUUGGACUAGCAUUUGGCUCGAUGAUUUCAAUGGCUAGUUACAACAAGUUCGACAACAACAUUCUCAGGGAUGCAUUGAUUGUAUUAGUGGCCAACUCUUUCACUAGUAUGCUGGCUGGCUUCGUGAUCUUCUCAGCUGUUGGUUACAUGUCUCAUAUACAUAACCUCCCAGUGGAUAACAUAGCUACAGAUGGUCCUGGUUUGGUGUUUGUUGUGUACCCUGAAGUUCUUUCAACCAUGCCAGUCUUUCAGCUAUGGGCCCCACUUUUCUUUAUCAUGCUGUUGUGUCUGGGCGUGGACAGUCAGUUUGCCACAGUUGAGGUAGCUGUGACAUACAUAAAGGAUGAAUUUGGAGCCAAAGUUCUGCCUUUCCUGAAGAGACAAGAGCUGCUGGCUCUGGCUGUGUGCUUUGUUUGCUUUGCACUGGGGAUUCCUCACAUUACCAAGGGAGGUAUCUACGUGUUUCAGCUGAUGGACCACUACACUGCUGUGGUUUCUCUUGUGUUCUUGGCUUUCUUUGAGGUUGUUGCCAUCUGUUGGAUCUUUGGUGUCCCACGUAUCUCCUUAAUGAUCAAGAGGAUGCUAGGAAAAAGUCCAAAUAUCUACUUCCGAGUCUGCUGGCUGCUGCUCUGCCCCAUGUUGGUGCUGUGCAUACUGGUUUCCAGCAUUAUUCAGUACACUCCUCCUCACUAUGGGAAGUAUGAAUACCCAGUGUGGGCUGAAUGGGUGGGCUGGGGUGUCUCUUUGGUCUCUAUAGUAUGGAUCCCAUUUGGUGCAAUACAAGAGAUUUAUAACAAUAAAGGAUCCCUUCUUCAGAGACUGAAAACAGCUAUGACUCCGACAAUAGACCUGGAUCUUAUGGCUCACCUGCCGGAAAAACAUAACCUUGACAACCUGGCGUCUGAAAAAUUACUCAGUUCGGUGCCACCUCUGACACAGUGACCACAUACAAGGCCUGGAGUAAGC